AUGGACGCCGCUAUAUCAAUUCAUGCAGUCCACGAACCGCCGACAAAUUCACCAUUACAACUUUCAAUGGUAAGAACCAGAGACCUCACAGAGUCUCCGGACCCAGUAGCUAGAGAGAUCAUGCCUCACUCCAUCCUUAAAAAGGCCUUGUCUUCGAUCCCAAACACGUCUCCUUCACCAGCUCGAUCUCGAGAGAAUCGCAACCAAGAAACAGCCCUUUACCACGCCCAAAUUCUACAGCAACGCAAAGAUGUUGAGGCUCUGAUCCUGGCUUCUACUGAAGCUUUGCUUGAACUACCCUCCUCAUCUGCCGCAGACCCAGCUCUACCGGGUCUACAAGACAUUAAACUUGUGAAGAACUCCCUGAAGCCUUUCCAACCAUCAGAUUAUGAUUCACUAAUCGAAGAGCGGAAUAUUAACAAGCAAUGCGGCUACUUACUCUGUCCUAGGCCCAACAGGCAGGAAGACACGAAGGCGAAGUAUAGAAUCCUACACGGCAAAGGAAGAGGCUCGGAUAGACUCAAAUUCGUCGAACGACAUACACUUGAACGCUGGUGCUCAGAUGAUUGCGGGAAGAGAGCGCUUUAUGUCAAGGUGCAACUCAAUGAGGAGCCUGCAUGGACGAGAGCUGGGUCCUCCGGCGGGGACAUACUGCUUCUGGAGGACGAACGAAAUAAUCAAAAACAGCUUGACGAUGACUCCAACCUGAUUGAGAAAUUGAGAUCUCUAGAUAUGGGCCUGGAGGAAGAUGAAGUCAUGGUCAGGAUGAAAGCGCUUGCGAUUGAGAGGGGCGAUGGAAAAGCCCCCAGCAGGUCGUUCGGACUGGCAGAGAUAGGCGUCCGUGAGAACAGAAAUAUCAAUGGCAAAGCAUCUGUUCCGGAUCCUUCUGUAAAAGAGCGUAAUUCCGACGGCGGCUCUGACUCGAUCGAGGGCUAUACGCCAAAGAGUUCGAGGAAGAAAACGAGGGAGCCAGAAUCCGAUGAUGACGAAGACGAAGAUAUGAUGCCAACCAUUUGA